CAAGAAUAAAAGAGUUGUUAUAAUUUUGGAGUGUCCUUUCAUAAAUAGGCCUAGAGCAAAUCCCACUUCCGCGAGAUUUCGACGCCAUUACAGUCGAUGAACGACGAAAAAGGAGGAGGGGACUAGAAAAUGAGUUUCUUUGGAUUCGGCCCUAGUGCCGACAUCGAUAUAGUGCUAGAUGGACAGGAUACUAGAAAAACUGCUGAAAUCAAAACAGAAGAUGGCAAAAAAGAAAGACAUUUUUUAUACUAUGAUGGAGAAACAGUAGCUGGGAAGGUAAAUAUUACAAUGAAAAAGGCUGGAAGUAAAAUGGAACAUCAAGGCAUAAAAAUAGAAUUUAUAGGUCAAAUAGAAUUAUAUUAUGACCGGGGAAAUCACCAUGAAUUUACCUCUCUUGUCAAAGAGCUGGCUCGGCCAGGAGAGAUAACCGGGAACACAACCUUUGGUUUUGAGUUCCAGCAGGUUGAGAAACCCUAUGAGUCAUACACAGGUGCCAAUGUUAGGUUACGGUACUUUUUACGAGUGACCAUAGUGAAGAGAUUGUCAGAUACUGUGAAGGAACAGGAUAUUAUUGUACACACGUUAUCACAGUACCCAGAAAUGAAUAGCAGCAUAAAAAUGGAAGUCGGAAUAGAAGACUGUCUACAUAUAGAAUUUGAAUAUAAUAAAUCCAAGUACCACUUGAAGGAUGUGAUAGUGGGGAAGAUAUACUUCUUAUUAGUACGAAUAAAAAUCAAGCAUAUGGAAAUUCAAAUUAUCAAGAGAGAAAGCACAGGGACAGGUCCCAAUACAUAUAAUGAAAAUGAAACAAUAGCAAAGUAUGAAAUAAUGGAUGGAGCACCAGUCAGAGGUGAGUCAAUACCAAUCCGAUUGUUUCUGAGUGGAUACGAGCUCACCCCAACCAUGAGAGACAUCAACAAGAAAUUUUCAGUCAGAUACUAUCUCAACCUGGUUUUGGUGGAUGAAGAAGAACGACGGUACUUCAAACAACAGGAAAUAACAAUUUUCCGCCGGGCUGACAAAGCCCGUCGAGCAGUAGCAGGAGAGAAGAAGCAGACGCAUCAUUCAAUGCAACAUCAUAAAGAGGCUGCCCCACCACCAUCAUUAAAACCAUCGGAGGAGAAUUCAGACAGCCAAUGAUGUCGCUUCCUGUCAUGUCCCAUCAUUCUUUAUUCACAGAGGCUUGUGAUUACCAUAGCAACAUUAAUUACUUCACUCAAUGUGUGUAUAUGUACAAGAAAAAAAGCUCCCACUUCAAGGUUUUUUUGGUUAUACACUUACAGCUUUAGUCGUUUAUAGAGCUAAAUGAAUAUUCUAUUAUUUGCAAUUAUUCUUUCUAAACAAUAUGAAUAGUUCUGCUACGAAAUUGAUCAAAAAUAUACCACAGCAACUUAGCAAUGAAUGUUGUGCAUCAUCAAUUUAGUUUUUCAGUUUAAUUCCUGAGUAGAAAUAACUAUAUGAUAAUUUCUAAAAUGGGCAUUGAUGCAUUUGUCUUCACUGGAGUUUUUCAUAUUCAGAUUUUACAAUGUCCAUUACUGUAACCCAUCAAGAGUUUUGGCAACUGUUAAAUAUGCUAUUAAAUCAUUGCCUGAAAAGAGAAUGUAAACAGGGUAUUGAUUUAAAGUGUUUAGGAAAAAGAUAAACAAAAAUUGAUUAUUAUUUGUAUUUUGUUAAAAAAGUGAUAACAAAAAAUUAGCUCUUAAUCAACUAUUCAGAACAAGAACAUGUAUAUUGUCCUAUACAUUGAAUCAUUUAAAAAUAUAAACAUUGGCAAUUUUUAAAAUUCUCUGUCCUAAAAGAAUUGAAUAUAAAAUGUAGACAUUAAAUUUCUCAUACAUUGAGGGAGUCACUGGCUCUUUAGUACAGUUUUAUUGUAGUGGGAUACAAUUCUAAAAUUCUGUGGAAGCCGAUUUUGUAUCAAAUUUAGAUAAAGUAUGGUUGGACACUAGUAUUUUAAUGUAAUUUGUACAAAUGUAAAUAUACAAAAUAUGUGGAUUUGCGUCCACAGUCAUGUGCAAUGUUAACUCAUAUUGAUAUGUGAUUGCCCAUUCAGAACCUCCCAAGUGUACAUGCGUCAUGAUAGGAUAUGUACUUGUAAAUCGUAAUUUGUGUUUCCGUACACUGUUACUUAUUUGAAUGGGAUAAAACCUUAACUACAGCUGUAGGGAGUUUGAAACAGACAAAAAUAUUUUGAAAGAGUAUCAGUGUUAUGUGAGAAAAUAUGUUUAUUAAAGUGUAAGAGAUGUCCCAUUGUCCUGAUAUUGGAGAUGAAAUGGGUGUGUAUGUUGCACUCUGUAGUUUCAAGAAUAAUGUCGAGUUGUUUUUUUUUCUCAUGCGUUCUAAUCUUCCACUUCUAGUGUGAGCAGUGCUUAGAAACAUAUUUCUCUGAAUUUUUAAAAGUGCUUUACUAAAUUAUUAAAAGUUCAAGAAAACCCAAUGGCUACUUUCAUAGUGAUAAGUAAAUUAACAUGCUUAAUAGUGAGUAGAAGUCAUUCCACAUACAAGUUUGAACAAUGUUGUUUUCCUAGAGAAGAAAAAUGUUGAUGUGUAGGUUAGAAAGAUAUCAUGCUUGUGCUAAAUGUUUUUUGUGUUUGUAUAAAAAAAAUCCUUGUUAUGCGUUGUACAUUUAAACGAUGGUAGUUAAAUUUUUGUGUGUGAAAGGAUGAGGAUUCGAGAAAAUGUCUGCGAGGUAUAGUUUGGAAGAAAUAAUGUAUACGUAAUGUAUUUAUGAAUAAAAACAAUGUUACAUGCAUGCAUACUCCAGUAUGACAUUUUAAAGAAACAAAUAUCUAUGUUAUAUGUCAAGGAAUUGUGUACCGUUUCUGAAUUGAAGACGAGGGUUUCAUAGGUAGUUUAGAGGGGACCACAUUUUCAUUGAAUUUAAUUUUUAAGAAAUAUUUAUGUUGCAGCAGUUAUAAUCAUUAUCAUUUUUUCUGCGUUUCUUCAUUUAAUGUAGAACUUCUCUCAAGAGUCUGAUUGCACAGUUGCGUAAGAAUAAGAAAAUUCUGAUAUAAUAAAACUCAUAAUACAUGUCUUAAUUUACUCUUUAUGCAACCAUCUACCAAGGCAUUCUCUCAAUAAUGAUAACUGGCACUGUGCUUGCUCUAACGACAUUUUAGCUGUAAAAAAGAAAGAAAUUCAAAUAAAAACUGUUUCACUGACAUCAGAACCCUUUUGUUGCCAAUUCCUUGUCUUGUUUUUCUCAUAAAUUUAAGUGAAUAAAAUUUUUAAUACACUUCA